GUGACUGCCACUGCUUUGGGUAAAUUCACACAUGCGCAGUAGUAUUAUACCGGCGGAGGCGAAGAAGCUGUGGCCCAAGCCAAGUGGGGGAUAAAAGACAAAUUUGACAGGUUACACCAUGAGUCAGGGUAAAGACAAUGCGCGACUCAAGAGUUACAAGAACAAGUCCCUCAACACAGAUGAGAUGCGGCGGAGGAGGGAAGAGGAAGGACUGCAGCUACGCAAACAGAAGAAAGAUGAACAGUUGUUCAAGAGAAGGAAUGUGGCCACUGUUGAGGAGGAUGGAGCACUGGAGGAUGAUGGGAUGUCGGACAGUGGGUACCUGGAGUCUCAGGCCAACAACAUUGACCAAAUUACGGUAGGAUUCAUUACAGAGGAUAUGAGACAGAUGAUUUUUUCAAGUUCACCUGAACAGCAGCUGAUGGGCACACAACGAUUCAGGAAGCUCCUCUCGAAAGAACCUAACCCUCCCAUUGAUGAGGUCAUUGCCACUCCUGGUGUGGUUGACCGAUUUGUGGAAUUCCUCAAGAGGAAGGAGAACUGCACAUUACAGUUUGAAGCUGCGUGGGUGCUGACCAACAUCGCCUCGGGCACAUCCCACCAGACAAGAGUGGUCAUCCAGGCUGGCGCUGUGCCCACUUUCAUUGAAAUGCUGACUUCAGACUUCGAGGACGUCCAGGAGCAGGCAGUGUGGGCUUUGGGCAACAUAGCAGGUGAUAGCACAGAGUGCAGGGACUAUGUAAUAGACUGCAACAUCCUUCCCUCCCUCGUACAGUUGUUGGCCAAGCAGAACCGGCUCACGAUGAUGAGGAACGCUGUAUGGGCCUUGUCCAACCUGUGCAGAGGCAAAAACCCACCUCCAGAUUUCUCUAAGGUUUCUCCGUGUCUCAGUGUCCUCUCGUGGUUGCUCUUCGUGAACGACACGGACAUCCUGGCCGAUGCAUGCUGGGCGCUCUCCUACCUGUCAGACGGCCCCAACGACAAGAUCCAGGCGGUCAUCGACUCAGGAGUCUGCCGCAGACUGGUGGAACUGCUGCUACACGCUGAUUAUAAGGUGGUAUCUCCAGCACUGAGGGCAGUGGGCAACAUCGUCACAGGAGAUGACCUGCAGACACAGGUGAUCCUGAACUGUUCAGCACUGCAGUCUCUCCUCCACCUCCUCAGCAGCCCGAAGGAGUCCAUCAAGAAGGAGGCGUGCUGGACCAUCUCCAACAUCACCGCAGGGAACCGUGCUCAGAUACAGUUGGUGAUCCAGGCAGGGCUGGUGCCCCCACUCAUCAGCAUCCUACAGGCGGCAGAGUUCCGCACAAGGAAGGAGGCUGCCUGGGCCAUCACCAACGCCACGUCUGGAGGCUCCUCUGAGCAGAUCAGGCACCUGGUGGAGAUGGGCUGCAUCAAGCCCCUGUGUGACCUGCUGACCCUCAUGGACUCCAAGAUUGUGCAGGUGGCUCUGAACGGCCUGGAGAACAUCCUGAGGCUGGGGGAGCUGGAGGCCAAGAGAGGGGGUGGCAUCAACCCGUACUGCGCCCUCAUCGAAGAGGCCUAUGGCCUGGAUAAGCUGGAGUUCCUGCAGGGCCAUGCGAACCAGGAAAUCUACCAGAAGGCAUUCGACCUGAUCGAGCGCUACUUCAGCACAGAGGACGAGGACCCAGCGCUGGCCCCCGCUGUGGACCUGCAGCAGCAGCAGUUCCUCUUCCAGCAGUGUGAGGCGCCCAUGGAAGGCUUCCAGCUCUAACCCCCAACCCCUACCAUCCAUCCCCCCACCAACCCCUCUCCCAAACCUUGUCGCCGUUGCAGCUCCACAGGAGAGAUGACCCUUAGCUCCAAUCCCCCUGGCCCCUAGUUCCCCCUUAGCCCUUCUCUCAGAGAGAAUGAUUGAAUAAUUAUCAUGAUUAUUAAUGAUUAUACACAGAGUAUGGUGUUCUAGGAGACGUCACUCUCGACUGCUCCUGCUGUCUGAAGUCUGCGAGUUCUGAAGUACUGACUGCGCUCUUGUUGUUCUAUCAUGCGCUGAGCUUUCUCCUCCGUGCUUUACCUACCCCCGACCACUAUCAACCCCCCCCCCCCCUCAGUCAAGCAUUACAUUAACAUUGUCUACCUAAUGCUGCCCUAUGGCCGUCAACCUUCCCAUUCAGACACCAUAUCGCAAAAGCCAACAACCGAACAAACCACUCUACCAGAGUCACUCAUCCUCUCUCCUCCUGCAAGCCCAUUGGAAGUCCCCAUUGGCCUGACCAACCUACCCACCUCCCCGAACCAACGGCCCCCUAUCCUUUAGGCUGCUGGGAAUGAACCUGCCUGAUUUCAAAACUGCAAUACUGACUCCCUUAGACAGGCGAGACGCUGGUCGCAUCCCACCCCUUACCCUUCCAGGCUGAGAUUGCAUCUGUUAACACAGACAGACCAACAAAGACACACACACACACACACACACACACACACACACACACUGGACUGACCGUGCGACUGUGUGAUGGCGUGACCCAUGUCUCUGCUCACUGGAACCGUGAUUCCCUGAGCACCUCAACUUUUGUGGCGAGAACGGCCAGUCUGCCCCCCUUCCCCCUACGACUGAAAGACUUCUACUGAAGGCGACGCACUUUUAUUGGAAUUAGAUGUUUUUGUUGUUUCUCUUCUUUUUUUUUUAUUUUUAAACUUGGUCGACGCUUCCCAAAGCUGCCGACAGCCAGUGGUCUGAAAUGUACAGGCUGUAGUAGCAGCAGCCGCUUUUUAUUUCAAAUUUCAGUGACCGCAAGACUUGCAAAGUCUGGACCGUGUGACUGACGACGUCAUCUGGGUACCUUUGUGCUCAGGUAUAUAUAUCAUGCAUUCCUACAAGCGACAGGAUGACAGGAUAUCCUGCAGCAGCGUGGCUCCGCCCCAACAAGCAUGAGCCAGCCUCUCGCCUCUCAAGCAACGUUCUAAAAAGCACCUUUGGAAUUAUGGGGGUUGGAGUCUUUUUUUUUUGGACUGAGACCAACAGAUAAAUAAACAAAACGUAAAAAAAAAACUCUAAAGGAAUAUUGAUCUUGCACAUCCAUGAGGAUCCGACCAGAGAGACUUCAUAUAGAACCAUUUUGAUUUCCCUUCCCCCUGAUCCCUUCAUCAUAAUCAUCAGCAUAUUCAUCAGCACUUUACCUUCAGGACUUAACCCAGGACAUUAGAAUAAACACACACACACACACACAAAGAGGUGGUAUGAUGUUGAGCUUUGCUUCCCCGUGACAUUGGCCCACAGUGUGCAGAGAGCACUGGUGACAGGACUUAAGAUGCUCAAAAGCAAAGUGCAAAACACACUAAAUAUUUAUGAGCAAGAUUGUUUUGUAAAAACAUGCCCCCCCCCUCCUCAAAAAAAAACAACCCUCAAUUCUCAAAUUGGACUCUGGAAUAUGCCAAGGAUUGAUCCCUGCUGAACAAAUUUUCUAUAUAUACAGUAUGUCUGUGUGUGUGUGUGCGCAUUUCUCUGAGAAACUCUGGUAUUACUGUUAGACCAUGCUGAUUAUCACAUGAAGAUAUACGUACAUAAAACGUUAAAAAAAAAAGAAAAAUGAUGAUGACAUUUACUCUGUUAAAGGGAAAAAAAACAUUUCUUUAGUUUCAUUUUUUGGGGGGUCAGAAUAAUCUGUCUAUACCGAAGGUGCCAUAAUUCCUCAUUCAGAAAUCGAGGUGGAAAAACAAACAAGCAAAAUAUAACAGAAACUAAAAUAACUCUAAAUUAAACUUGAAAAUAAAGAGAAUACUGGUGAUUUAAUAGCUAAUGAAGCUGUAAGAUUGUUUACCACAUUCUUUUUUCAAAUGUUCUCCAGUGAGAUAACCAGCUCUUCAUGUUCAAUACUGCUGUUGUAUUGAGUUGUCUAUCUGUUUUCUGUUAUGCCAUUUGCAUAAAUGCUGUUUCAUGGA